UUCAACGGAAUUUUAAUAGCAUAUGUAAAGGUGAAAGAAGACCUCAUUAAUUCAGCGUUAUCACACGUGUAUUAGCAAAAUCUUGACAUAGCGAUAGAAAAACGGUCCCCUCUCUUUUUCCCUUCAGGCUCGUGUUAGACAGCAAUUUUAAGAGAUAUUUUCAUUACCCAUCAUAUGUGCUAUGUGAAUUAUGGGAGAAAGGAAAAUUAUGCCUUCGCUUUGGAAUUGACUUUUAUCGGGAACAGAGAUUUUGUUGUUGUAAUUGGAGCUUUUGUUUGGCCGUGUUUCUUCAAUUGCUCGUCAAACUUAAGCCAGCGGUUCUGGCUAUUAAGUAUUCCAGAAUCUGUACAUAUGUUGGACACAGACUCUCUCUAGAGUAAAUGGAUUGUUGAUUUAAACAUUAUAAUCUGUUAGGGUGUGGACUUUCUCUUAUUGAGAAGAAAUGUGAACAGAAAACUAAUCAACAAAGAAGACCACUAGGCAAAAAGUCUACAUGACGAGUAAAGAGUAAAAAAAAAACUACUUCUUCCGGUAGAAAGAUGGAGAUGUUAUGCGAGAUUCUUGUUUUGUGUGCAGUGUUUGUCAUGAUGACCUCCGCGGAACAAUGCGUCAUCAAAGGUCAAGUGAACACGAGGCUGCCGUGGUACGGAUACAUGUUACAGAAGACAUUUCAGGGAAAAGACGCUAAGGUGGAGUAUCAGAUAACGUAUCCAGAAAAGGAAUGCUGUGCUAACCUGUUGAUUUAUUAUGAUGAUCAGAUAUCCCAGUUAACCGAUUCCAUGUCCUGUCAGGAACGUGUGGAUGUACUUCCAACACAUAAUUAUCAGGUCAUCCCAUUGUCCACUCGGAAUGCUACUAAAGGCUGCAUUCUCUACCCCGACAGUGAGGGGACGAAUUUGUAUGUUUGCACGGGUGACCGGACUUUCAAAUCCGACGGACCUCGGACGUGGUAUUUCGCUAUUAGUAGAUGUGGUGCCUCAUCAAGUCAAGGGAUGCUGAAUAUGAAUUAUUAUUUCAAUGUGACCGGAUAUUAUGGAAAAUGUGAAGCAGAUCCCCUAUCUAAAACAAUAUACCCGGAAAUCAUUAAAAGUGAUCCGGAUGUUGUGGUCGUUGUUAUUCUGGGAGUGUUGUGUGGGAUUUCUACCAUCGCCGCCAUUGUUUUUGGAGUCUUGUUCUUUUUCGGUAGAAUCAGACGAAAGAACAAGAAAAAGAAAGGUGGGUCUGUGACUUCAUCUCAAGCAACGAUGACGCAAGAUAUUUUUUACGUUAACCCCUCGUUAUCCGACAGAGAACAUUCGGACUCUCAGUAUAGCCAUAGUCAAUCUAGCGGAUCAGAGAAUUAUUAUGAGGUAAUUCCGGACAGACGUAGCUACGAGAGCAUAAAUACUCAGCUUGUCAUGCACGGGCAUAACGUUCGAGGAGUUUCGAUGAACCCUAAUCAUCUCCGAGAACAUAGAACGCCCAACAUUCCACCGUAUAUCCUCGAGAAUUACCCACCUCCCCCAUAUCAACCACCAACAGGACAACAAAAUGGUGGUUUGCAUCAUCGAUCCCACGCAGCUGGACACCAUGGCAAUAACAACGGAAGUCAGCCACUUUCACAGCAGACUUCUAAUGGAAACAUUCCGAAUGGGCGUCCAAUGCAGAUGCAUCCUUCCGGGCAUCCUCCGCCUUCGUCGAACAUUAUCCAUCAGCAACAUCAUUCCAUGUCUGGACUGCAAACCGGAGAAAACUCGGAACCCUCGACAAACAGUCAUCCCGUACACAUCAGUGGGAACCGUUCCGGAAGUGCUCCUGUUCACUUUGAUAAUGUUGGUGCGAUUGCUCGACCCACUCCAAUUUAUCCUAGUCCUAAUGGGAUUCUCUUCGGAACGCAUCCAUCUCGAUCAUCUCAACCCACCUCCCCAUCUUCUCAUGGAGUACCAAACGGAAAUAUUCCGAAUGGACAUCUUAAUAAUAAUAACAUUAUUCACACAAGUCAAGCUUUCAAAAGACAGCUAUCUGCUGGCCCUAAACUAAACAGUGUUCCGAACGGCCAACCUUUACAGCUUCAAACAUACCAGGGUCACGAUAAGACUUUGGGUGAAACACAGACUCCGAACGGAAGGACUCAACUUCCGAACGGUAAUAUUCCAAACGGUCGCACGAAUGUUCCGAAUGGAAAUGUUGCCAAACUUUUGCACGAUGCUUAUAGAAUUCAGCAGUUUGAGACGACCGCCUGACUAGCCGACGGCAAACAGACGUGGAAUGAGAUUUCUGUGUAAUGAAAGAGUGCAAUUGACAAAGCAAGUCUCACAAAAACGAUUUGCCUGAUCGAAAUAAUGCACCACAUUUUACUUUCUGUAAUUAUGUUCUGGUAGAAUUUCUGUCAGAAACAUGCUAAAAGUCUGGACAAGUGCAUUAAAAGUCUUGAAGGAAAUUGUGUUGCAGACAAAGCAGACAAUACCUAAACUGAAGAACUCAGCUAUGAUCGAUUCCACAGCAGUCAUAAUUAGGACCGUAAAUUUGACUUCAGCAAUAAAUUGCUUCGAAGUAAAAUGCAGUUGAAAACUGUAAUAAGCAGAAUCUAACAACUGUGUCACAUACAUCAUGUUCAUGUAAUUUAUAGUCAGUUUUUAUAUACUUGUUGUUAUAUAGUGCUAUCACCAUUUCGUUUUAUUCCACGUCUAUAGAAAUGAUGUGGAACGUUUACAACACAUUUAUGAGUGACGUUUUCUAUCGAACGAACUCAUGUUUUGCGCUGAUGUCACCCAUUUUCACAUGAUCAUGGCUACUAGCUACUAUCAAAAGGCAGUGAUCUUGGAUGACAUUGAAGCAAACUUACUUUUUGGGUGAAAGAAUAAGAACUGUUGCCAAAUUAUGGAUGGACAAUACGUUUUAAUUUUGAUCCAUUCAAUUUACUUGUACAGGGAAAUUAGUCAAGCAAACUUUAAUCAGUACUAAAUAUACAUAAACUUUAAAUAAUACAUUUAUGUACUGUAUAACACUGUCUUCCGAACUGCUUUUUCACAUUUUUAUAUCAUCCCUGACUGGUCGACUUAAAAAAAGGGUGUGGGAAGGGUAGAUGAAUGAAUUUUCAUAUAUCAUCUGUUGGGGUGUUCAGAUGUGCGAUGUAUAUGAUGACACCAGUAUGUGUUAUCACGAAAUCUUCAAGGUUUUUUUUUUUCUUUUCAUUGGAUUCUAUGUCAUGUCUUCCAUAUUAUAAAUAAUUAACUUUGACUGGAAAAGUUUGGACAAAAUUUUGAUACUUUCAAAAGGAACGGCAAAUAAAUGGAAGAAUUAUACGCAGGAAAGUAUUUUUUUAUUGUGUGUAUCUGUGUGAUUGUCAGUGGGGGGAGGCGGGAUUUACUAAUCAAAAGAAGCUCCAUUCAUACUUGACUGCAGAAAUCUGAAGAAUUUCUUUCACAUUUACUAAACAGAACUUUACAGAAUUAUAAAAUAUUUUCAGUUUGGUCCGUAUCUUAACGUUCACAUCAUUUUAAAAAAUAAUUUCGUAUUCGAAUACAUAUAUGUGUAACCUCCCAGGACAUUACAAUAGUACAUGAACAAACUAUUUACUGAACCCCUGUUUCCAUUUUUCUUAUAACUGACAAUCUGCAAUAAAAAUAGACUCAUUAUUUAAACAUCCCUGAAUAAAAAAAAAAUCAACUGAUCAAAUCAUCAACAGAUAUAAUAACAUUGACAACAUGUUUUUCAGUAAACCAUAAGUUGUUAUCGUCUCUUGUUUUUGUAAUUCUCCGCCUGGGGGCGUGAUAGAUACAAUGAUAAAUGUAUAUCCGCUCUGACGUAUUUAAUAUGUUUGAAUGUCUCUUUGUUAGUUUUACAAAUGUCUUUGUAAUAUUAUUGAUUAUUAUAACCUAAUGAUAUUCAAUAAUAAAAAUUUACAUAAGAAA